AUGUGCCAUCCACAAACGUUUACCGUCAAGAAUGCUUUGAAACGCCCACACCCUAACAGCAGCAGCAGCAGCAACAGCUGUACUUGCAUCGAAGAAGACACAAUCGCUUGUACCACGCGAGAAGAAGCAAAAGUCGCACCCACCCAACGAUUGGACUGCUUCGAACAACUGGAACCCACCUUUGAGCUUAUUGCUCCACCACGAAAGCGUGCUCGCACUGCUUCCAAAGUCCGUUUCUCUCCAGAAGAGAAUGAAGUGCUGGAUGUUUCGUCUCCACUAGACAAGAUUACCCAAGAAGAAGCCCUCCAAUUGUGGUACAAACGAACGGACAUCAAAUUGAAUCAAAUGGAAGCUCGGAAUCACGUGCUUCAUGGUUUGCCACUCGAAGACUCACGAGGUUACGAACGCUAUCAGUUGGACCGCGUCAAGCACAAGGCACUCGCCAUGAAAUGCACCCUACUGAUUGCCCAACAACCCUCCCUCACAAUCGAAGAGGUGGCCCAAGUCGCACGCGAAUGUACGGCUUGCUCCCGACGUCAAGCGGUCCUCACUGGAGCCGAAGACUUUUUUGGUGCCUACUUUGACAAGAAUUAA